AUGACGCGUUGGCCCUUUAAUCUAUUACUAUUGCUGUCGGUGGCAGUACGCGACUGUAGCAAUCGUACGAUACUCACUGUUGGCUAUCUGACGGCGCUAACUGGCGACCUUAAGGAUCGCCAGGGUCUGGCCAUAUCCGGUGCACUGACUAUGGCACUGGAGGAGAUCAACAAUGAUACGAAUCUGCUGCCAAAUGUUGAGCUGCAAUUGCGCUGGAAUGACACCAAGGGGGAUACGGUGGUGGCCACCAAAGCCAUCACCGAAAUGAUUUGCAACGGCAUUGCGACCAUAUUCGGACCCGAAGGACCCUGCUAUGUGGAAGCCAUAGUCGCCCAAAGCCGCAACAUUCCAAUGAUAUCCUAUAAAUGCGCAGAGAAUCGAGCCUCGGCAAUUCCAACAUUUGCACGCACUGAGCCGCCGGAUACGCAGGUCGUCAAGUCGGUGAUUGCAUUGCUGCGCUACUAUGCCUGGAAUAAGUUCUCCAUUGUCUACGAGGAAGUCUGGGGCACGGUGGCCGAGCUGCUGAAGGAUCAGGCGACCAAGCGCAACAUGUCCGUCAAUCACAUGCACUCCUUCAUAGACGAUCGCGCCAAGUGCUGCACCCUCAAGAUGCCCUGUUGCUAUAAUGGCUAUUGGUAUCAGAUUGUGCAAAAUACAAUGAAUCGGACGCGUAUUUAUGUCUUCCUGGGCACUUCGAAUGCUUUGAUUGAUUUCAUGAGCUCCAUGGAUACGGCUGGACUCUUUGCUCGUGGCGAAUACAUGGUUAUCUUUGUCGACAUGAUGGUCUAUGUGGAACGUGAGGCCCACAAGUAUUUGCGCAAAGUGGAUCAGAUAAAUCGCAUGACGAAUUGCAAGAGUACGGAGAGUUUUAAUCAAUUGGCGCGCAGUCUUUUGGUGGUGGUAUCCACACCACCCACCAAGGGCUAUGAUGAGUUUACGGAAAAGGUGCGAAAUUAUACUGUUAAGCCGCCAUUUAAUUGGGAAAUACCGCGACUCUUUUCGGAAAAUCAAUUCACCAAGUUCAUAUCGAUCUAUGCAGCCUAUUUAUACGAUUCGGUAAAGCUUUAUGCCUGGGCAUUGGAUAAAAUGCUGCGCAUGGAGCAGCGUCCGCUCACGGAUGAGGUCAUCUAUGAGGUGGCCAGCAAUGGAACGCGUGUAAUAGAUACCAUCAUUAAAAAUCGUACUUAUAUGAGCGUGACGGGAUCGACAAUUAAAAUCGAUGAAUACGGCGAUUCGGAGGGCAACUUUUCUGUGUUGGCCUACAAGCCGCAUAAGUGGCAUAUGGAUAAUCAGUACAACAUACGCUGCAAUUAUCACAUGGUCCCCGUGGCGUACUUCAUUCAAGCCGAUGAACUUCCAGAAUAUAAGCUCAUCAAUGGCUCCAUCGAUUGGCCCUCGGGCAGUGAGAAGCCCAUGGAUGAGCCCAUGUGCGGCUUUGCCAAUGAGCUGUGCAAAAAGGACGACACACAUUAUACGUCGACAGUGGCGGCCGUGGUGCUGGGCGUGCUGCUCUUCUGCUCCGGCGUCGUCACCAUGAGCAUCUAUCGCAAGUGGAAGAUUGAGCUGGAGAUUGAGGGUCUGCUGUGGAAAAUUGAUAUAUGCGAAAUCAAAGGCUAUUCGGGCAAUGAGAUUGUCGCCUCGCCCAGCAAGGUCAGCCUGAUGAGCGCUCAGAGCUAUGGCUCGCGUUGGUCGCAUCAGUUUGUUACCUCGACUGCUCGUCUGCGUGGCGCUGUGGUGCGCAUUAAGGAGCUGAAAUUUCCACGCAAACGCGACAUUUCGCGCGAGAUCAUGAAGGAGAUGCGUCUGUUGCGCGAGCUGCGUCAUGAUAACAUCAAUAGCUUCAUUGGCGCCUGUGUGGAGCCCACACGCAUACUUAUCAUAACGGACUACUGCGCCAAGGGCAGUCUCUAUGACAUUAUAGAGAAUGAGGAUAUCAAACUGGAUGAUCUGUUUAUAGCUUCGCUUAUACACGACCUGAUCAAGGGCAUGAUGUAUAUACAUAGCUCGCAGCUGAUCUAUCAUGGAAAUCUCAAAUCCUCGAAUUGUGUAGUCACCUCGCGCUGGAUGCUCCAAGUGAGCGACUUUGGUCUGCACGAGCUGCGACAAUGCGCCGAAAGCGAAUCCAUUGGCGAGCAUCAGCAUUACAGAAAUCAAUUCUGGCGUGCACCGGAGCUGCUGCGCAAUCAUCAUCUGCAUGGCACUCAGAAGGGCGAUGUCUAUGCGUUCGCCAUCAUUUUGUAUGAGAUAUUUAGUCGUAAGGGUCCGUUCGGACAAACCAACUUUGAACCAAAGCAAAUUGUGGACUUAGUUAAGCAGCUGCCCAUGAAGGGCACCGAGCCAUUUCGACCUGAGGUCGAGUCUAUAGUAGAAGCCGAAUCCUGCCCGGAUUAUGUGCUUGCCUGCAUCAAGGACUGCUGGGCGGAGAAUCCCGAGGAGCGGCCCGAGUUCAGUGCCAUACGCAAUCGCCUGAAGAAGAUGCGAGGCGGCAAAACCAAAAAUAUCAUGGACCAAAUGAUGGAAAUGAUGGAGAAAUAUGCCAAUAAUUUGGAGGAUAUUGUUACCGAGCGUACGCGUCUGUUGUGCGAGGAGAAAAUGAAAACUGAAGAUUUGUUGCAUCGCAUGCUGCCACAAUCGGUGGCAGAGAAACUCACAAUGGGUCAGGGCGUCGAGCCAGUCUCCUACGAUUUGGUUACCAUCUACUUCAGCGACAUUGUGGGCUUUACGGCCAUGUCGGCGGAGAGCACGCCACUCCAGGUGGUUAACUUUUUGAAUGAUCUCUACACAGUGUUUGAUCGCAUCAUACGCGGCUACGAUGUCUACAAAGUGGAGACCAUUGGUGAUGCCUAUAUGGUGGUCUCUGGCUUGCCGAUUAAGAACGGCGAUCGUCAUGCGGGCGAGAUUGCAUCCAUGGCGCUGGAUUUGCUGCAUGCGGUGAAGCAGCAUCGCAUAGCCCAUCGUCCGAAUGAGACGUUGAAGCUGCGCAUUGGCAUGCACACGGGUCCGGUGGUGGCCGGCGUGGUGGGUCUCACCAUGCCCAGAUACUGUCUCUUUGGCGAUACAGUGAACACGGCGUCGCGCAUGGAGAGCAACGGCGAGGCUUUGAAGAUACACAUAUCGAACAUGUGCAAGCUGGCGCUGGACAAGCUGGGCGGCGGCUAUAUAACGGAGAAGCGUGGUCUGGUCAGCAUGAAGGGCAAGGGCGAGGUCGUGACCUGGUGGCUGGUGGGCGCCAAUGAGAAGGCCAUACAGAAGAAGCUGGUGGAUAUGACGGAUAUGCCGCCGCCGCUGUUUAGUCGACCACGCAAGAGUCCCAAACUAAAUCCGGACUCCAGGCAGCCCAGUCUGCUGGCCAUGCAUCACUAUGGCACUGGCUCGAGGCGACAGAGCAGCGUGCCGCGUGGCGCGGAUGUGGAGUCCACAUAUAGUCUGCAGGGCUCGGUGUAUCAGGUGGCGCGCGAGUCGCCGCGCAUGUCGAUCAAGCGGGAUAGGGAGCGGGAGCGACCAUCGGUGAAUGGUGAUCGUCUGAACUUUGUGGGCGGCGCUUUGCUGGAGUCCUUGCAGGCCUCACUGAGCACGCUGAAUCAUUCCGAAACAAAUGAAACGAACUGUGAUACUAACGAUGCCGCCAUACUCGAUGGCGAGCUGGAGCUUAACGGCGGCAUUGCUGGCCAGCAGCAGCAGCAGCAGCAGCUGGUGCGCCAGCCGAAUGCGCUGCACAAGCCGCUGGCCAUGGUGCGGCCGCAUCGCAUCAUUAGCGCCGCCCAACUGCUGCCCGCUCUUCAGCAGCAUCAGCAGCAGUCCAGCUCGGCGGCUCAUCAGGUGGCCGAGCUGCUGUUGCGCGAAUCCCGCUCGUUGGAUCCCAUGCCGCUGCAGCAGCUGCGCAAGCGUCAUGAGCGCAGCAAGCUGCCGCCCUCGAAGCUAUCGAAGAACAACUCGCGUUCGUUGGAUACGGGCGUCUCGCUCAUCAGCGGCAAUCCCAAUGGCGAAGCCAGCGUGGAGGCUGAAUCAUCGCAGGACCUGACAGGCAAUCCAGUGGAUGACGAUGAGCUAGGUCUGCUGAUGCGCCAUGACAAUGGCCAGCUGCCCACGCUGCGCUACUCCAAUAGCUUUGCCAAUGCUCAGCCGAGCAUUGUGCCCGCCGGCGCGAGCAGCGGCCGUCGCACCAGCAAUGUAUCCACCGGCAGCUGCACCAAGCAUUUGAACAACAAUUGCAACGGCGGCAUGAGCAUUGAGGAUGACAUGCAUUCGCCGCUGCUGCAGCGUCAAGCAUCGCUCACCACACCGCCCGAGGAGCUGCUGUCGCACACCAAGCGCUGGCACUCGCUGGAGCACAUGGAUCCCGGCGUUGGACCGCACGGCAAUAGCGUAAGCUAUGCCGCCGACAUUGGCGCUCCGGAUAUGCAAGGCGAUGGCCGUACGGCUGCCACACGUAGCGGCAGCAGCAAGCUGGGCAACUGGGUGGCCAGCUUCUUCAAGGGCAACGGUCUGCUUGGCAGCAGCAGCAAUGGGGAGCCCGCACUACGACGCGUGGGCAUCUUGCCCGGCAGUGGGCAGGGCGUGCGCAGUGGCUUCAGCGAUAUGACGGCGGCCGCUACGGCGCGGGAUCGGGAGAGUAUUGUGUAGUUUGUGUAGCAGGAGCAGCGCUAACCAUUUUUUGUUUAAUUGUGGGAGGGGGAAAGUUACUCAGGAACUGUGCGAGAAGUAAAACGAACGUCUAAGGUUUAAAUGCACACAUGCAAACAUAUUAAAAGUAUAUAAACUAUAUAUACAUAUAUUAUAUACUAACAUAUAUAG